AUGAGAGUCGCAGUAAUUGGCGGUGGCCCUUCCGGCCUAGUUACAUUGAAGUACCUGUGCGAGGCACACCGGUUUCUCGAGUGCGAGCGCGUUGAGGCGGUGCUAUUCGAAUACCAGACGCAUGUAGGGGGCACGUUUUUCGCCCGAGCCUACGAAGACGCCGAGCUAGUUUCCUCCCGACAGCUUACUUCCUUCUCCGACUUCCGCUGCAACAUUGGAAAAGAUUUCCUCGCCGCACCCGAAUACGUGGAAUAUUUGCACAAAUACUGUGACCAUUUCAGUCUCUGGCCGCACAUCAAACUGAACGCAAAAGUGGUCUCUGUUACGCGUGGAGGCGGCCGCCGGCAUGUCAUCACGUACCAGAAGGAUGGACGCUUACUACAGUGGAGCUGCGACGCGGUCGCCGUGUGCUCUGGGCUGCAUGUAGAUCCCAAUAUUCCAGAAAUCAAAGGGUUAGAGAACAUACCACGCGCAAUCCAUUCCUCAAAGUUCAAGGAGCGCAAGCAGUUCGACGGCUGCAAGACUGUGAUGGUGGUAGGCUGCGGUGAAACUGGAGCAGAUGUGGCUUAUCUGGCCGCUACGCACCCGGACGUUGAUCGAGUUGUCCUGUGCCACAAGGACGGUUUCCAUUUCGCGCCAAAGCGCAAUUCCGGACCUGUCUUGCUGCCCAUCCUCGGCCGCAAGCCAGAUCCGGCGGAGCCCGGCAUUCCGAUCGAUGUGAGCCGAGCGAGCCUUUUCGACACAGCUUAUGUCCACCAAAUCCUACGACGCAACGACGAAAUACUAUGGACCUAUUAUCAUCUUUACAUCAAGAGCCUGCUAUGGUUGAGCUCGGGGACAACUGCUGGGAUGGACCAGUGGGUAGGCGAGAUCAGCCCAGAGCGCCACCAUCCCUCCAAAAUCUUUUUCAACAAGUCCAUGAAGAUUCCUGUGCCGGAUACAAAGGGACGAUGUGUUGAUCUGGCGCCAUGGCCAUGCCGAAUCCUGCCAUCAGGAGUCACCAAGUUUGUGGACAACGGGCGGCCGGAAUACCAAAGGCUACGAAACAGUCAGAUUCGUCCGGAUAUGGUAGUUCUCUGCACGGGUUAUAAACAGGGAUUCGUUUUUUUCGAUAGGCAAUGCGACCAACCAUAUCCAACUCCUGAAAAAGCAGACGUGCGGCAUAUUUGGAUGCGAACGGAGCCGUCUGUCAGCUUCAUUGGUUUCGUGCGCCCCUCUCUCGGGGCCAUACCACCUCUGGCGGAGAUGCAGGCCCAACUCUGGAUCACUCACUUAUUUGCCAAACACAAGCUUCCUCGGGCGCUGCGUCCCGAAGACGAGCCACAUUACCAGUUGCGCAGUGUGCCAGGAGCACGUAUCCGGUACGGCGUAGACCACGAAAGCUAUGUGUACCAGCUGGCCCUUGAUAUGGACGCUGCACCUGGUCUCGCAGACGUCAUGUGCUUGGGCUCGCUGAGGCUGCUUCUUAUCUGGACACUUGGUGCCAACUUCAACACCAAGUUUCGUCUCCGGGGCCCGUGGAAGUGGAAAGGCGGGUAUGCUUUGCUAAUUUCGGACGAGUUCUGGACCACAAUCUCGAGGCGUCCAGUCAUCUUCGGUGCGGUUCUUGGCAAGCUUGGCGUGUAUUCAGGCUAA